AUGCUCGCCUGCCGUCUUGGCCGCCCCGCAGCCGCGCCAAAGCUCUCCGUGCCGGAGUGGCACCAAUCUGCCAACCGCCAGAGCCAGGGUUGUCAGAAGGGCAGCAAGCUCGUCAACGAUGUUCCAGCGCUGGAGGACUCCAUCGGCCAGUACAAUGAUGGGACCCUUGACGCACUGGACAAGGUCCUGGAUGCUUUCGAUGCGUACGACAACCGCCUGACUCACACCUUGAAUUACAAGGGUGGCCAUUCCGGAAAGGUGUGGAAAGAGUGGCCUGAGGCGAUUGUGAGCUUCAACUUGCAGUGGAGCGGUUCGCUCAGCAGCUGGCUGGACAAGGCCAAUGGCAAAAAGGUUUUCCUCGAGGAAUGGGGCAUUGACGCAUCCAAGCACGACCAGGCCUCUGCCUUUCCCUCUGAGAUCGAGGAUAUGAACUCUGCCGGUCUGCCUAGCCUGUAG